AUGAUUUUUCUUUGCAUUUUCAAGGGCUGGUUAAAACUUUUGCAUGAUUUGAUUAGUAGAGAAGGUCCAUUCCUUGAAACAGGUUGUGUCCCCAUUGUUGGUUUGACAAUAUUUAUGUGGCCAUUGGUUGUCCUUGCUAGCAUAAUAUUGACUAUUUUAUCAAGCAUUUUUGUUGGAAUUUAUGCAUCUGUUGUAGUAUAUCAGUAUUGUGAGAUGAGAGAUAAGGAAUUAUUGGAUGGUAAUGUACUUACGGCUGUUGACCUCUGCGAAUGGAUGAGAGGAAAGAAUAAUGAUGAAACUUUCAUAGUUGGUGUUGGCUUGCCUUGUUAUUCACUCCUACAAGCACUCAUGUUCUCCAUCAAAUCCAAUUCAAGUGAUGUAUUGCUACUUGAGGACUUUGAGAUUACCUAUUUUAAUAGGCCAAAGGAUAAGUUGUUGGAUUAG